AUGCAAGAACAUUUUCAGCGUCUCUGUGGUGCGCUUGACGACCACUUCCAGCAGCAUCCAGACAUGCUAUUUGUUCUUGGAAUGUCACACCCCAGCUUGGCGGAUGUUUACAUGGGGGCAGCUUUUUCCGCCAACUUUUUAAUGGAUGGUCCACCUGCAUCCUUCGUAGUACAGAAGUUCCCACACCUGAACCGUUACCUGGAGCGUGUGACAGGGUGGCGUGGUGGCGUCUUUGUCGGGGAGGAAAACACGGAAAAUACGAAGGAGUGGGUGAGCCAAACAUAUGACGCCUAUGCGGACGUCGUCCCAGAGUCAAUGUCGGCCCUGCUUCAGCUCAUUGAAGAGGUGAUGCCCUUCAUGCUCUCGCAGUGUGCAGCGUUUCAUGCCUUCAUAGCGGAGGGGGGGGGGGUGCGGCAGCUUAAAAGGGAGUCACUUGAAGAGCCGUGGCAAGGGUGCAGCGGCUACCUUGUCCCACAAAUUACCGAAAUUAAAUCUCUUAUGAUUAUUGACGACGGCGUUUACACCGUGUGCGCUCGGGCGCAGGAUCUCGAAGUGGCACUGUUAGCUGCCCGUGAGGUGGUGGAUGAUGAUGAUUUUAACGGUAACGAAUUGGACCUGGGCGGAGCCACGGGAACGCGUCUGGAGAAGACGACCUCUACAGGUGACGCCUCACAACAUGACGCAAUGCAGCCACCAGUGGACGCGGCAGCAAAUGUGGGGUUGCGUCGUCACACACGUCUUUAG